AAACUCUCUCUCUCUCUCUCUCUCUCUCUCUCUCUCUCUCUCUCUCUCUCUCUCUCUCUCUCUCUCUCUCUACAUAUAUAUUGGAACUUGGGUUUGUGAUCGAUAGGAGGAUCGAGUUGAAGGCCAGAUAGCUUAGCUGCAGGGGGAGGACGAUAAAAUCAUGAGAGGAUUAGAGAGGAGGGGCGUCCGGCAGUACAACCGGUCGGAUGAGCCACGGAUGCGUUGGACGGAGGAGCUUCACCGGCAGUUCAUCGAGGCCGUCGACUGCCUCGGCGGCCAGGACGAGGCAACACCAAAGCGAAUUCUUCAGCUGAUGGGCACAAAGGGAGUCAGCAUAUCUCACAUCAAAAGCCAUCUCCAGAUGUACAGAUCAAGCUCUAGCGGCGGCGGCAGCGGCAGCAGCAACCCACCCUAUGCAUCAGUGAAUCGUCGUCAAGAUCACUGCAUCGAUGGGAACAUCACGGCAACGUCGGCUUCAGACUGGAUCGACAUUCCCUCUUACGCUGUGUUUGGUCGCGGCCACCACUCGAUGUCACCGCCGUGCCAAAUACCGUCCAUCGAGGAGGUUUUCAGGAGCUGGGAGCAGAGUAGAGGGCGGCUGCAAUGGAACUCCUCCGGCAUGCUAAAUACACCAGAGAAGGCGACUGGCUGGUCACAUCACGCUAAUGGCAAGAUGUGUCAGAAGCAGCAGCGGGCAGCGGUGGGGUGUGACCUGGCGCUAUCGGUUGGCCGGUGGGAGGAGGAGGUCGCGAGUAGUGACACUGACAUCUCGAGCACGACCACUGAGGAGGCCGUCGUGCCGGCAAGGGGUUAUGGGGCUAGUGGCCACCGCCGCCCUGAGGCUUCCGCUGAUCUGAACCUCGACCUGAACCUCGAUCUUGCCAUCUCAUCUUCUUGGCUCUGAUGUGUUAUCUAUAACCUGCUAUGUAAAUAUAUAGAGUUGCAUUUUUCUAGAGGUACAUAAUAUGUAUAUUUCGAUUGAUGUAUGGUAGAUCAAUAGAAAUGCGGGUUGCUUUUAUGGCAGUUGACUAAUCCUUUGGUCUAGUUGACGAACUGCCGCACCUUUGC